GGCUCCGGGACUUUCCAGGCACUAAGCUGCGUUGGGGAGCAGCUAUAGCUGAGUCUUUCCGUAUCCCCUGAGGUUAUAUGUUCCAUCACUGGGAGGCUAUUACUGUUUGCUUGGGGUAUCUUCAGGUCAAUGGGGCUGCUCCUCAAAGGAGGAGCAUUGGUAGUUUUGCUGCUUCCAGAGAUCCUGAUAGGACACCCUGCCCCCAGAAUCACUAGAGACGAAGGUCAUUAUGGGAAUGGGGGAAUGACAUCACUAUAUAAUUCUUUUUCCAACUUCUCAAAGAAGGUAGAGAUAAAAAGUUUGCUGACCUGCCCAUCUCCGUCCUCACCCCUCAGGCCUAUGAGCUGUCCACGCUGACAGGGACACAGGUGCUGUUGCUGGUGGCCAGUGAGACAGGCCAUGUGUAUACCUUUGCCACACGAAAACUGCAGCCCAUGAUCACCAGUGAGACCGGCAAGGCACUGAUUCAGACCUGCCUCAACUCUCCAGACUCUCCACCCCGCUCAGACCCCACAACAGACCAGAGAAUGAGUGCCACUGGCUUUGAAGAGACAGAUCUCACCUACCAGGUGUCGGAGUCUGACAGCAGUGGGGAGACCAAGGACACACUGAAGCCGGCGUUCACAGUCACCAACCUGCCGGGUACAACCUCUACCAUCCAAACAGCACCUAGCACCUCUACCACCAUGCAAGUCAGCAGCGGCCCCUCCUUUCCCAUCACCAACUACCUGGCACCAGUGUCUGCUAGUGUCAGCCCCAGUGCUGUCAGCAGUGCCAAUGGGACUGUGCUGAAGAGUACAGGCAGCGGCCCUGUCUCCUCUGGGGGCCUUAUGCAGCUGCCUACCAGCUUCACCCUCAUGCCUGGUGGGGCAGUGGCCCAGCAGGUCCCAGUGCAGGCCAUUCAAGUGCACCAGGCCCCACAGCAGGCGUCUCCCUCCCGUGACAGCAGCACAGACCUCACGCAGACCUCCUCCAGCGGGACAGUGACGCUGCCCGCCACCAUCAUGACGUCAUCCGUGCCCACAACUGUGGGUGGCCACAUGAUGUACCCUAGCCCGCAUGCGGUGAUGUAUGCCCCCACCUCAGGCCUGGGUGAUGGCAGCCUCACCGUGUUGAAUGCCUUCUCCCAGGCACCAUCUACCAUGCAGGUGUCCCACAGCCAGGUCCAGGAGCCAGGUGGCGUCCCCCAGGUGUUCCUGACAGCAUCAUCUGGGACAGUGCAGAUCCCUGUUUCAGCAGUUCAGCUCCACCAGAUGGCUGUGAUAGGGCAGCAGGCCGGGAGCAGCAGCAACCUCACCGAGCUACAGGUGGUGAACCUGGACACCGCCCACAGCACCAAGAGUGAAUGAUCCGCCCGCCGCCCUGGACAGAUGGCCCAAGGGACGGCACCACUUAUUUAUUGUUGCCUUUUCACGUUUUCUUUAUACACACGUUGACGGGCCGCAGGAGGGAGGCGGGGAGGAGGAACGGGCAGCCACAGGACUGAGCCCUCUCACUCCAGCCAAAGAAAUGGGCCUGCCUGCCUCCACCCGUCCUCCCUCAGCCUCCCCUUCUUCCCGCCCCACCUCCCAUUUCUGUUGAUGGAGGGGCCGUCCUCCUUCCUGGGACCCCCUCGCCAGCUUGGCUCGAUGUUUGCCAUGAGUAUUAGCUUACCCAAUGGGACCGUGCCCCGCCUCCCCACACACAGGCCUUCUGUGGGGCUGGGCACUGUGUCCUCCUCUAAAGAAGCAGUUGGGGCCCUCUUGCUAGCCUCCUUGCUGACCCCAGGUCAGCCCUGUGUCUGCCACAGGCUGGGUCAAAAGAGCCCUGCCCCUGCCCCUCAGGGGGCCAGCUGGGGAGACAGGGGCUUCUUCCCUCACACUGCUGCCCUCUGCCCCUUCAGUUCCUGAGUAGCUGGGCCUGUGCACUGGGCAGGUUCCUGGGGCUGCCUGCCCUGCCUUGCCGCUCCCCUUGGACCUCCAGGGGAUCCUGGGUUGGAGGGAACCACCAGCGUUCCCUUCUCCCCCUUGUCUUCCCCCCUCUCCUCCCAGCUGCUUUACUUAAAGUUGAUUUUGAACUUUUUAUUUGAGGAGACGAAGUGAAAACAAAUCUAUAAAUAUAUAUUUUUAAAAUAUUUAACUUUUUUUUAUGGCGUUUUUCUCGUCCCCCUCCCUGCCCAAACUCCCCUUCCCUGGGGAGCCCAAGGGCUCCCCAGAACUGGCUGGGCCCCUGGGGACAGAGCCACCCCACGAGCUCGGGGUCCGCCAGUGUGUGGGGGAGAUUCUGGGUUUGCCCAGUCCUGGGUUGUUUCCAGGAGAAAGCCGGGGGAGGGGCCCUCAGGCCAUGCCCCAACGGGGUGGGGAGGGUGACCCACAGCUCUGGGCCUCUUUUUGCCCUUUAGGGCUGUUGCUAGGGAGAGGGAAGAGGGAGACCAAAUGUCGGGGUGGGGGUGGGAGGGUGUCAGGCGGAGGCAACCGACUUCAUUUGUGCCACACGCAUGGGCAUUGCAGCCUUGUGCUGUCCCAGGCCUGCAGCUGCCUGGGGCCCAAGUUGCAGUGAGCAGGGUGGGGUCUGGGAGGGGGUGAGAGGCAGGAAUGGGGGUCAGAAGAAGUGGGAGCAGCUCUUGGGCUGAAUGCAGCCAAAGGGGAGCCAGAAAUGGGCAGCUCUCCCAGGGAGUGAGCAGCUACUGUAACUUUUUUAAAUUAAGACAAAAAGCCUUGAAGAAAAUGAAUUUAUUUUUCUAAGUGUAACCUCAGUAUUUAUGUAAUUUGUACAGGGGCCAUGCCCCACCCCCCUCCUCCCCCUUUGGGGUAGACCUUGAGGGUGGGCCAGCAUAGGGGGGAGGGUCUUUUACCCUGUGUCAGAGCCUACCUUCACCACCUAUAUCCAGAAAGGGAGCUUUUUCAGAAACGGGGCAGCAGUGGGGUGAAAUUUUCUUAACCCCAAGACUGCCUUCAGUAGGAACAAGCUGGCUUCUGUGAUUAGGUGAAGGGGUGGGGGAAGAUUUUACGCACAGCCUAGUUAUCAAGGGGAUGAUUUGCCGACAUGUUUGAGAACCCCCUAACCUCUAACCCUCAUUGCUGUCUUGCCCCAGUUUGGGGUGCCAAGAUGGAAGUCACCUUUCUGGGCUUUCUCCUGGAGAUAGCUGGGGCUUAUGGGUGGCUUUCAAGGCUGGGGCAUGGCAAAUCAGGGGCCAGAGAGCAGGGGAGCUUGGGACUCAGGUCUGUAACUGCCCAGCCCCUUUUCUCUGCUCUUGUUUCACUCCACCACCACUCACUCACUCCCUACUCCCCCACCCAUGGGAGGAGACCUUUGAUGAAUUCUUCCUCUCCUUCCCACAAAAGACAGACCCCGUGAGUGAAUCAGGCAAAGUGCUUAUAAUGUGUGUUGUGUGAGCGUGGCCUUGGGAGGACAUACGUGUGUCAGGGAUGAGUUGAGGUGGCAUUUUUAUGUGCAGCGACCCUUGGUGUUUCCCUUCCUCGGUGGCUCUGGGGUAUGUGUGUGUGUGUGUGCCUGAGUGUGUGUGCGUGAAUGUGAGUGUGUAUGUCAGUGGUUUCUACUUCCCCUGGGAUGCUGACCCAGGAAUAGUGGACAUGGUCACAGUCCUAUGUACAGAGCUUUCUUUUGUAUUAAAAAAAAAAUACUCUUUCAAUAAAUGUAUCAUUUUUGUGCACAGA